AUGACUGGAUUAGUGUCGCAGCGGGCAUUUGAGAUUACGGACAAAGCAAAGCUGCAGAGCGUUGGGCGUGUUGAUAAUGCUCGCGUGUUUACUCGUGUUGUCUUUAGGUGCUUCUCUGCUAAUUCAAAUUGUGCUUGGGCGAUGGCAGAUCCACCCUCGACCGGACUGCUUUCCGGCGUCUUCACCUUCGUGGCGAGAGAAUUAGAAUCUUUCAUUGUGAAUGCCACUGGAGGGACCAUCGAAGAGGUUCUAUUGUCCUUCCUCAAGUUUUCAAACUCACUUAUCAUCCGCUUGCAGGAUGAGACCUACUCGCCCGAAAACUCUCCGGAACCCCCAGAGCCAUCCUCUUCAACGCGACUACAUGAUAGCUUGAUGGGCGCUCAUGACUCGAAGCAUCUGAGACAGCAUCCCACGAGUCCUGCGCAGCGACGAUCACGACCUUCUCCACCUCGACGGCGACAGCAUGACUCACCCGCCGAACAAAUGCCCUCCACACGCUCCUCCCCUCCAGUUGACGCGUACAGACGCGUCGUUUCUGACCCAGAUACAGAUAUCCCGUCGAGUGAACGCAAUCCAUUCUCUCCUCCUCCUCUCCCCUGCAUCCUCAAGCGCAGAAAGUCUUUAACAAUGCCGGGGUCACUUUUUCCGCGUUCGCCGUCUCUGGAGCCAGGGUCACACCACGAACAAGAGAUGCGCCAGGUUCGAUUUCUGCCCAGCAUCAUCAGCCCACCUGCUCGCAGCCGCACUGAACCCAUUCCUUCCGAAUCAAUACGGUUUACACUGAACGCGGAUGCCGUGGCGGAACAUGAAUCUCCACCUCGCCUUCGUUACACCGCGCAAGAGAAGGGUAAGGCUCGUGCAAGUGGUGAUGCUGACAGCAUUCCGAUAGAACUGCGCGGGAUGACACGUGAAUUAUCAGCCGCAUGUGACGAACUAGCGGCUCAUCGACAGAGCAGAGAGGAGGUCGAAGAGGAUACCGAACUACAGCGAGAGCGGGAAUUGGACAAGGAGCGCAUCCGACACCUGGAAGCAGAAGUGCAUCGUUUGAAGCAGGAGUUAUCUGACCGUUCACAUAUCACGUCUCCUCCUCCGCCACCCGCCCCGCCACCUCCGCCCCCGCCUGGUCCUGCCAAGCGCAUCCCUACAUCCAUUCUGCCCAAAGUUCCCACGUUCUCGAAUCUGCCAACGCAAGAGACCGCUCUGGGCGGCAGUCGUCGUUCUGGUCAACCGACGAUUGGCGUACCUCCCGACAAAAUGGCUGAUUUCCUAGCUGAAAUGAAGACCGUCCGUUUGAAAAAGACAUUGUCCGCAACCAAUAGCCGAGAUGAAGACACGUCUUAUGUCGAGAGCAGUUUCGUCGUCGGAGGGCGCAUGUCCUCCCGUAACGCUGCUAUACUCAAGAAGCUUGGAGAUUCAAUCUCACGCUCACAGCCAUCAACGACAGGCGUCGGAGACCGUAGCUGGAAUGGGACGCGCAGCACUCCUUGGCUUGAGGACCGGUCUUUCGACUCUGCUGUUGUUGGCGGGAAACGUAAGCGUGCCGAAGUAGACCCUAGCGAAGAUCAAGACCAAGCACCAAAACGCCGCUUCUCGGCUUCGUCGUCGUUCCCGGCUGCCGGGUUUCCGAAAGCUGCUGCGUAUCGAGAUAGCAGUACAAUCACACCGUCUCUCUCCUCCGAUCGAGGAAACGACGACUCAGACGAACGUUCACUUUCCACGCCACCGGCGCCAGCAUUCGCGAUCCUCGACCCGCCUGCUGCGACGUGGAUGCCCAUCCGCAAGAUCUUUGUUCCUCCACCACGAAGAGCGCCUCCCGCCGACGGACGCAUCUCAGCCACUCCACCUCGACAGCGAGUGCCCAGUGCGUCUGAACAGCUCGACAAACGACCGCCCUCGUCUCCGAUUGCUGUGCAGUCUCCGAGAAAGCCUCGUCCGCCAGGCAGGUUACACAAGGCAGCCCGAGUUGUCCACAACGAGGAGUCCGAUGAUGAGCUCAGCCUCAGUUACGAUGCUCCGGUCCAUAGCCCACCACACAAGACUGCUCAGAAUAUGACCCUGGACCAGGAGCUGGUCGCUGCUCGAUCACGUGUUUAUACCCGUGUGCGACCAGGUUCACAGUCUGAUCCAGAUAGCGGGCUAUUCGUGGGCCUGGGCUCCCGCGCAAAGAACAGAGGAUUUCUUGCUCGUGGCGGUGCUGGUGGAUCUCCUGUCUUCAUGGGCGUAGGAUAUGUUCAGGGUGUGGACAAUGACGAUGAAUCUCGGUCUCCAGGCACCAACCCCCGGAAGGGCAAGAGAAUUUGAUCUCUUUCUUGCCUUUGACCCGUGUCUGUUUCUUGUUUUGUAAUCUAUAGAUAUGUAUCUCAUUCCGUAUGGUGUAACAACAACUGUCUGUUCAAAAUAUAGCAUGAACGAUGUCUCC